AGUCAUUCAGCCGAUAUUUCAAGCAGAGGUGGACUGGGAAGUGGAAACUGCAUGGAUAUCUGAAGGCAUUUUGAUAUCGUGGGGUUGGAACUGCAGGCCGUGACGUAAUAAUUGUUUAAUCCGAAAAACGCGCAAUCCCCAAUCAAGAUUAUUUAAAUUGAUUGCCAAAGCGCCGACGGAAAGAAGGUUUUGGAAUCGUACUGCUUGGAUUUCUGAAUCGUUGACACGUUGUCAUUUGCGUUAACUAUUUUCAGCUUUUAUCAUUUUAAUUGCUUCAAGAACGUCCGACACAGCCUUCUACAAAACAAGACUUUUGAGUAGAAAGAAUUUUAUUACUGUAUUUGAAUAGAGAUGAUAUUUUAACCUUGGCAUUUGGAAAUUUAAUUCAAUCAUAAGUCAGCAUUUACAGCCUACACAGAAGAAGAAUAUUGACAAGGAUAUCUGAAAGGCGGAUAUAGACAACAGUCUCAUUCGACCUUUCAACAUGUUUGCUUCACAAGCUAACACAGAAAAUCCUAACCAGCAGCACCAAAUGUUUGGGAAAAGAGAUGAAAAUACAAGGCAAAGGGCUGUUUUAGGAGAACUAAAUCAGAAUACAAUUGGUGGCAGGGUGCAACCAUUCAGAGCAGCAAAACAGAAUGCCACGACAGAGGGUUUCUUCACAUCGCUUGGAGGAAACAAGCCUGCAUCUGCAUCAAACGACGGUUUCAAGAUAUUUGAUGAAACUGCUUGUGCAGUUAGUGUUGCUGAGAGCACGAAGCCAGUCACCAGACAGUCAACAUUAGAUAAAUCCAGUUUGCCUGCUGCGUUAACAGCUUUACCUUCAAUAUCAAGGGCACCUUUAACAAGUUUACCAGUUCCAGAACAACAUGAAUCUCCUAUGGUCUUGGAUACAACACUAAAUUCUUCAGACAGAUCUAGUAUAUCCGAUAUUGAUGCAGAAUCCAGUGUUUAUGGAGUCUCCGAAUAUGCAACUGAAAUUUUUGAACACCUAAGACAAGCUGAGACAAGAAAUCGCCCGAAAGCAAAUUAUAUGAGAAAACAGCAAGACAUCACAGCAAGCAUGAGAUCCAUAUUAGUAGAUUGGCUCAUUGAGGUUUCAGAAGAAUAUAAAUUACACACAGAAACUACACAUCUUGCAGUCAAUUACAUCGACAGAUUUCUUUCCCAUAUGGCUGUUAUGAGAGCGAAGCUUCAGCUUGUCGGGACCGCAGCAAUGUUUCUCGCCGCAAAAUUUGAAGAGAUUUACCCACCAGAUGUCGGUGAAUUUGUCUACAUUACUGAUGAUACUUACACAAAGAAACAAGUUCUGAGAAUGGAGCAUCUCAUUCUUAAAGUCCUCAGCUUCGAUGUUGCCGUCCCAACCUCAAAUCAAUUUUUACCUAGGUUUUUAAAAGCUGCCUGUGCUGACAGAAAAACGGAAAUGCUUGCUUCGUACCUAUGUGAACUUGCACUCAAUGACUGUGAAAUGGUUGCUUUUCUGCCAUCUUUUGUAGCUGCUUCAGCGGUGUGUCUGGCGAGCUAUGCAGUUUCUGGUAAAAUAUGGGAUGAAACAAUGCAACACUACAUGCAGUACAACUUAGACGAACUUGCACCAUGCAUAUCUAAGUUAUAUAAUUUAUUCAAUGCUGCACCUGGCAACCCACAACAGGCUGCAAGAGACAAAUACAAGGAAGCAAAAAUGGAGUGCGUAUCAUUGUUAAAAAUGCCGGCCAGUCUUCCAUUUGAAGAAUUGCAGUGAUGGUCGUGAAGAGGCUGGUUUUGGAAAAUGGAAAACAAUUUUCCAUGGAAAUCUAGUUUUUCAAGCAGGUCAAAGUCCUUGGGUAAAGUUUUACGCCAUGCGAGGACUAUGUAGGAUCCCAAAUCAAACGACAAAUGUACAUAAAAGUAGUGCCCGGAUAAAAACGAAAUGGCUGUUAGCCCAGUAAUGCUCCCUAAACGUGUCUUUGUGCUACGUGCUAUUUCACUAAUGCUACAUAAUUUUAUAAUGGUAGAUAAUUUAUUGGUCUGUCUGGGACUACUUUUCCACAAUUCUUAUCACUGCCACUUCAAUUUUUUUUUAAAGUUUUUAAACAAAUUUUACUAAGUUUUAUAUAACCAGCUGUUUUCUAACAGUAGGGCGUUGGAUUUAACAGCGUUUCAAAAAGCAAAAAAAAAUCUGAAAUUAUGUGAAUAACUUGAAACAAAAACAAAUCAUGUCUAUAUGUAAAAGUUCUCAAAAUCCGCAACACUUGUUCUUCAAAUUGUUUCGAAGUUCUUUGGCCCUUUUCGCCUUUGAAGAAAAGAGUUCUGUUUUGGUCUUGUCAAAAUAAACCAUGUUUUUCGUCUAAUUCGUUGUGUACUGACUGGACUUAUGAACACUUCCUCUUGUCCCUUGGAUUUUUCUCCUUGGUAUUUGUUUCUGCACCUACAUUCCUGUUUACCAAAUUCUACGUUCUUGUUAUUUUAGUUGCUUUUCGAAUGUUUCGUUGUAAUUUUAUGGCUUCCCUAAUCUUCAUGGAAAGCUUUUUAGCAUCACCAAGAAUAAAUGAUUUUACUUAA